GCUCGAUGCAUAAAAUAAUUGUCUUAUUCAACUCUGAAGAGUAUCCAGGCAUUCAGGUUGGUGCUUUAUGUAUCUGUUGUUAUUAUUGUUGUUUCCCUUUUCCAUACCUUACAUUCUAUCCAUGUUUUAGUACACUCCGGGCCUUCUCUUACCUUACUCGCUGAUUACUCCACCACAAUAUCUCUGCCGAUCCCAGACCUGCACAUGACCACUUCACGUUAUAUUGAG